AUGAGACAAGGAAGGCUGCGAUUGGGGACUGGGCGGGGGGCGAGGGAGGUGGCGGCGGCGGCAGGGGACGGAAACACUCAUAACCCCCCAACACCCUCUCCCACCCCCCCCAGUCACACCCAUGAACACACCUCGAAGGACAGACACAGUAGCAAAACGAAACCGAAAGACCUUAACAAGACACCCCCACACGACGAGACUGACUGGUGGCAAUACCAGAAUGAAGCAACCCUACACAGCGUCACAAGAAACUCAACCCUCAAUAGACCCAUAGACAGCCAAGACACAGAGUGGGGCAACACCGCAGACAGCACAGAAGGAAAAACACACAUGGGAGACACAGAACCAAAA